AUGCCCCCUGCCCUGGGGAGUUCCCCCACGGCCAUUUGCACCCCUCGUGCCCGAGCUCCUGCUGCAGCCAAAGUCUCCCAGCAGCCUGGGAGUUCAGGGCUGACACUUAAGGACUCCGGGGGGGUGGAGGUGGACGCGCAGGCUGAGCAUGAAAAGCGGCCAUUGGCUCUGCCUCGCCGGCUGCUCUGCCGCUGGGCUGGGCAGGUUGAGGGGCCGGAGCUGCCCCGGGCAGAUGCGGACGCCGCUCCCGACGCUCCGCUGCCUCCCGGGGACUCGCGGCAUAUGCCCCCAGCCCCAGCUGGGAGGGUUCGGGGGCUGCACCAGCCCCGCGGUGUCCCCCUGUCCCCGGAGCUGUCACCCCCAGAGGGAAGGACACGAGCGGCAGCUGCGGGAGGAGCAGGAGGAGCCGCAGGAGGGAGCUCCCCCGACCCGUGCGGAGGCCGGGAUCGCUCUGUGUGCGUGUUUGUGCGCUCUCCGUGCGCCGCUCCCGCCCGGGGCAGCGGGGCCGAGCGGCUCCUGAUCCCGGGGCUGCGGCGGGGAGGAGCCAGCGCCGCUCGGAGCCGAGCGCCGGCAGCGCUCCCGCACCGCGCCCGCAGCGCGCCGGCUGCCGUGCUGCGACUGCCCCGGCUCCGGUACCGGCACCGCUCCGAUUCCUCCUGCCCCGCGCCGGCAGCGCUGCCGUGCUGCGACUGCCCCGGCUCCGGUACCGGCACCGCUCCGAUUCCUCCUGCCCCGGUACCGGCACCGCUCCGACUCCCCCUGCUCCGGUACCGGCACCGCUCCGAUUCCUCCUGCCCCGGUACCGGCACCGCUCCGAUUCCUCCUGCCCCGGUACCGGCACCGCUCCGAUUCCUCCUGCCCCGGUACCGGCACCGCUCCGAUUCCUCCUGCCCCGGUACCGGCACCGCUCCGAUUCCUCCUGCUCCGGUACCGGCACCAGCACCGCUCCGACCCCCCCUGGUCCGGUACCGGCACCGCUCCGAUUCCCCCUGCUCCGGUACCGGCACCGGCACCGCUCCGACUCCCCCUGCUCUUGUACCGGCACCGGCACCGCUCCGAUUCCUCCUGCUCUUGUAUCAGCACCGCCACCGCUCCGACCUCCCCUGCUCCGGUACCGACAUCGCUCCGAUUCCUCCUGCUCUGGUACCGGCACCGGCACCGCUCCGAUUCCCCUGGCACCGGAACCGGCACCGCUCCAAUUCCCUCGGCACCGGCUCCGCUCCGACUCCCCCUGCUCGGCACCGGCUCCGCUCCAACGUCCCCGGCACCGGGACAGCUCCAACCCUUUUCCUGCUCCGCACCGGCACCGGCACCGGCACCUCUCCAGCUCUCCUGCUCCAGCACCGGCUCCGGCACCGGUCCCGCUCCGGUGCCAGCCCCGCUCCCGCAGCUCCCGCAGCUCCCGCAGCGCCGCCCCCGCUCUGCCCCGCAGGAAGGAGGAAGGGACACGGCACCCGGGAGCGGGCUCUGCCAUCCCUGGCAGCACGAGGGAAGAUGAACAAGAUGAAAAACUUCAAGAGGAGGUUUUCUCUCUCGGUGCCGCGCACGGAGACCAUCGAGGAGUCGCUGACGGAGUUCACGGAGCAGUUCAACCAGCUCAACAACCAGAGGAACGAGGACCUGGCUCAGGGCCACCUGCAGCUGGAGCAGCUGGGCAGGGAGGUGGCCGGGGAUGGCAGCCCCGCGUCCCCGCCGCAGGGGCAGCGACAGGGACAGGGACAGGGAGAGUCGCCGGUGGCCGCCGUGCGCUACCGCAACCACGGCCAGCGCCGCUUCUCCAUGGAGGACGUCAGCAAGCGCCUCUCGCUGCCCAUGGACAUCCGGCUGCCCCCCGAGUUCCUGCAGAAGCUGCAGAUGGAGAGCCUGGAGCUGCCCAAGCCCCUGAGCAGGAUGUCCCGCCGAGCCUCCCUCUCAGAUAUUGGCUUUGGGAAGCUGGAAACCUACAUCAAACUGGACAAACUGGGAGAGGGCACCUACGCCACGGUGUUCAAGGGCCGCAGCAAACUGACAGAGAACCUGGUGGCGCUGAAGGAAAUCCGCCUGGAGCACGAGGAGGGCGCUCCUUGCACGGCCAUCCGGGAAGUGUCGCUGCUGAAGAACCUCAAGCACGCCAACAUCGUCACCCUGCACGACAUCAUCCACACCGAGCGCUGCCUCACCCUCGUCUUCGAGUACCUGGACAACGACCUCAAGCAGUACCUGGAGAACUGCGGGAACCUGAUGAGUGUGCACAACGUGAAGAUCUUCAUGUUCCAGCUGCUCCGUGGCCUGGCUUAUUGCCACGGCAGGAAAAUCCUACACCGAGACCUCAAACCCCAGAACCUGCUCAUCAACGAGCGAGGGGAGCUCAAGCUGGCUGAUUUUGGAUUAGCCAGGGCCAAGUCAGUCCCGACUAAAACCUAUUCCAACGAGGUGGUGACGCUCUGGUACCGCCCCCCCGACGUCCUGCUGGGAUCCACCGAGUAUUCCACCCCCAUCGACAUGUGGUGAGGCACAGGGGAUCCCUGGGAUCUUCCUGGGAGCUUCCAGAACGGGCUCAGGCAUUUCCAUCCUCAUCCUCACGGAACCCCCACAGAGGACACCUGGCCCGGGAUAACGUCCAACGAGGAGUUCAGGGCUUACAACUUCAGCCAGUACCGAGCCCAGCCGCUGAUCAGCCACGCCCCGAGGCUGGACUCGGAAGGCGUCGAUCUGCUGACAAACCUGCUGCUGUACAGAGCCAAGGGCCGGAUCUCAGCCGAGGCUGCCCUGCAGCACCCCUACUUCAAGAGCCUGGGAGAGCGUGUGCACCUCCUGCCUGACAACGCCUCCAUCUUCUCCCUGAAGGAGAUCCAGCUGCAGAAGGACCCUGGGCACCGAGGCUCAGCCUUCCAGCACUCAGCCCGAGGCAAGAACAGGAGGCAGAGUAUAUUUUAAACUGGGAUCUCGUCGCCAUGGAGAUGGAAGCUCUGAGAAAGGAGCGGCUCCCACCCGGCCCUGGGCAGAAUUCCCGGCUCCAGCAGGACGAGGCUGUCCCCAAACUCUGGCACUGCCCCCCGUGGACCUGUGGCCUUGUCCCCCCUUCUUUCCGUGCUGUCCCCCCUGGGAGGAGCUGCAGGAGGAGCCGCCCCGGGAGGGUUUGGGGGCGCAGGGGGGGGAUUUGUGGGGUUUGCUGGAAAUGCACCUUUGCUCAGACGAGCUGCCCUGCAGCCCCAGGUUUUUGGGGAGCCCGUGUUUGGACUGGCACAGCCCUGGGAGCACAGCUGGAGCACAGCUGGAACCAGGGCAGCCCCCCAUAUUUCCCUCCCCUCUGCUGCAGAACCCCCUUUCCCCUCCCUGUUUUGGUACCCGAAUCCAGCUGGGGAUGGAGCAGCCAGAAUUCCCAUUGCUCCCCCCUGCACCUCCCAGUCCCUGUUCCCAAAUCCCAGGAUAUUCUGGGAUGUCCUGAGCCCAGAGCAGGGCCUGGGGGGGCUGCAGCUCUCACGGGGGCGGAUCAGCCCCUCCAGCCACGGAUGGGUGGAGCAGCCCCUUCCCCAAACCCACGGGGCAGGACGGGAUCCCAGAGGAUCCCAGGGCACUUCUCCCCCUCCCCUGGGCUCUGAGCCCCUCCCUGCGUGGCACAGCCCCUCCCCAGAGCUGCUCUCGCCCACCUG